ACAGUGGGUGUGUGUGUGUGUUUGUGUACGUGUGUUCACGAGCCAUGUCGUCCACCGUGAAAAGUCUAAAAGUCACCUGCACGCCGGUGAAUGAGAGGGACACGUUUACGCAUGGAGACUUGGUGUCAGGCCAGGUGGUCCUGGAGGUGGUUAAAGAAUGUCAGAUAGAGUCUCUGUCUGUGAAGUUCAAAGGCAAAGCCGAAGUCCUGUGGACCGAGAGAUACGGACAGACCACUGUUGUUUACAGCUCCAAGGACAAGUACUUCAGUCUGAAGCUCCACUUCAUCAAGAAGGACAAAGACGACUACACACUUAUGUCAAGCCAGAAUGGAGAAACAUACAGUAGUGUUGUUGCCCCAGGAUGCCACACCUACCCAUUCACCUUUCAGUUCCCUUCCCAGGAUUUGCCGUCCUCCUUCAAUGGUUCUGUUGGUAAAAUCGUGUACUUGCUGGAAGCCAGGUUGAGCAGAUCGAUGAGACUUGCCAAGAAAGAUUCGACUAAGUUGAACUUCCUUGCAAGAGCCGACCUGAACAGUGACUCUAAGCUACUGGCACCACAGCACGACUCUAAGGACAAAAAAUUGAAGUUUUUCAACUCAGGAUCAGUAGCCAUGGAUGUACAUCUGGAGAGAACAGGUUUCUUCCAAGGAGAAGGGUUGAAGGUUGUGGCCAACAUCCAGAACAACUCCGCCCGUGAAAUCAAGCCCAAGUACACCGUGUACAAAAAGCACAGCUUCUUUGCAAGUGGAAAGAGAAGAGUGAAUACUAGAGAUGUCUUCAGGGAGGUGGGAGAACCCAUCCCACCUAAUACUAAUGAAAUUGUAACAAGGUUCCUCGCCAUUCCCCUUGAUGUGGAGCCCUCCAUCCACAACUGCAGCAUCAUCACAACAGAACACAGACUUAGGGUCUGUCUCGAUGUCAAAUAUGCUACAGACCCAGAGAUCAAGUUUACCAUAGUCAUCCUGCCGGCCGGUCAGGGUCCCACUUGGGCACCACCACCUGCUGACUCUGACUUUGGGUCUGGAUUCCCAAGCGAAAAAUCCGGGAAUCCAGAGCUGGUAGCCUGGGGCGCCGCAGCACCACAGCCGCCGACCCAAGCUUUUGGUCCCCCCCCUGCCUAUGGCGAACACGAGAUGUACCCCCCUAUGACAAAUUAUGACAACAAAGUAUGAGUGACGGUCCUGAGAAGAUGCGUCGACAUUUCAGGGAAAUGGAAUUAAGAGAAACGGAAGAAAGGAAAAUUAUAUUCAUGCUUUAUGUAUAUCACUAUCCUUGCUAUGACUUUCCUUAACUAUAAAUGUUUGUAUUGUAGAAUGACCAAACUGCGCUGUAGUGAAACAAGCUACCUCUUUUAAUACUUUCUUUUUUUGUGUGAUAGAGAUUUGUUUCUGUACAAAUGAGUCAUGACACAAAAUACUUAAUUCAAGAUUUUGUUUCUGCUCAUCCAUGAACUGGUGAAAAGUAAAGAAAGUGAAAAUUCUACUUCUCAGCUGGUACCCUUUUAAAGUGAAUGUAAUUUUAGACUGAAAUCCUUCCCUGUCAAAUAGCUGUAACCAAGGAACAAUAAAGGUUUAAAAUUUA